AAUUUUUAUAUGAAAUUGUCAUUAUCAAAUAUGGAUGAUGAUCAUGAGGAUAUCAAAGUUGAUAAUGAUGAUGAUUUCUAUUCAGAUAAUUCAUUGGAUUCAUCUUCGUCAAUGAAUUAUAUAUUUUCAUCACUCUCAUCAUCAUCAUCGGGCGAUGAAUUAUUAGUAUCAACAGCAACAGGAAUCGAAAAUUCCAUUGGUCAUAAAAAGAGUUCAAAAUGGCGAAAAGUACGAUCAUUGGUAACAUCACCAUUUAUACAGACGUAUAAACGUAAAAAAUAUCCAUGGAUUCAAUUAGCCGGCCAUCAAGGCAAUUUUGUUGCCGGCCAAAUACAGGGAACGAUAAUGAAAAAAUUGUGUGGAAAUGAAAUUGAUUGUUUCGAAAAAUUAAUGUCUGAUACACAAUUAUCUGUUUUGGUACCAGAAUUUAAAAAUAUACGAAUCGUUAAUGGUGACACUUAUCUAGAAUUAGAAGAUCUAUUAGCUACAUUUGUUAAUCCUUCUGUGAUGGAUAUAAAAAUGGGAAUACGAACCUAUCUUGAAGAAGAACUAGUCAAAGCAAAUGAAAAACCAAGACUUCGUAAAGAUAUGUAUGAAAAAAUGGUUGCCAUUGAUCCAGAUGAACCAAGUGACGAGGAAAAAUUACAGAAAGCAAUCACAAAACCACGAUAUAUGGUAUGGCGUGAAACAAUAUCAUCCACUUCGACGCUUGGAUUUCGUAUCGAUGGUAUGAAAUCCGGUUGUAAUUGUUUGAAAACAACGUCACCAUCGGUUAAAGAUUUUAAACGUAUGAAAUCUGUCGAUGCAGUUCGAUCAGCAAUAUUGGAAUUUGUUGGUGAUAAACAUGAAUAUCUGAUUACCUAUUUGGAAAAACUCAAGUUGAUUCGUAAACAGCUGGAACAGUCGAAUUUUUUUCAAACACACGAGAUGAUUGGCUCAAGUUUAUUAUUUGUACAUGAUCAACAGCAUGCCAAUAUUUGGAUGAUUGAUUUCGCUAAAACAUAUCCACUAUCAGAUGGUUUACAAAUCAAUCAUCGUGAUCAAUGGAAAUUGGGUAACCACGAAGAUGGCUAUCUAUUUGGUCUCGAUAAUCUGAUACAGAUAUUUUCAUCGCUUUGUUGAAAACAACAACAAUGAAUAAUUACAUCCAACCACAAAAUCAAUUACGAAAUCUGUUAUAAAUCAAAUUAAUUGUAAAUGUUUUUCUCUUUUGUUGUAUA